AUGUCCUACUCCGCCCUACCCGACGACCGAGAUCAUGUCAAAUCAUUCGAUAGCGAUAGACCAGAUAUAGAUUUUGAAACAGAUAAUGAGACCCAACAGAGUAGAGAACAGAGGAAGCGUGAAUGGUGGAGAAAUGCAUUCAUAAAUUCGCUAUUCAUAGCGACUUGGUUCGGAUUUGCCACCGUAUUGAGCAUAUAUAAUAAAUGGAUGUUCUCCGGCGACAAGUUUGGCUUUCCCUCUCCACUCUUCGUGACCUCGAUGCACAUGCUCAUGCAAUUCUUACUUGCUGCUCUAUGUCGGUUCAUAUUUCCUUCUACGUUUGGGUCCCCCUAUUCUCCUACCGGAAAACAAUACGCGGUGAAAGCUGUUCCAUGUGCAGUGACAACCAGUCUAGAUAUUGGCUUUUCAAACUUGAGUUUGAAGACAAUCACUCUUUCGUUUUAUACAAUGUGUAAAUCAUCCUCGCUCGUAUUUGUCCUGUUCUUUGCAUUCCUCUUCAAGCUCGAAACAUUCUCCAAACGCCUCGUUUCGGUCAUUCUUCUUAUAACAGGCGGAGUAGUCUUAAUGGUCGCUACGGAAACCCAGUUCGCUUUCGGAGGAAUGAUCUUAGUCUUUAUUGCUAGUGCAUGUGGUGGUCUUCGUUGGGCACUUACCCAAAUUUUGCUUCACGGGCCGAAGAGGGAGGACGACGAAGACGACGAGAAAGACCCACCUAUGGGAAUGGACAACCCCUGCGCAACCAUAUUCUGGCUCGCUCCCACUAUGUUUAUUUCAUUAUUGAUACUAACGGCCAUGGUCGAUAACUUGGGAGAUGUCUUUGGGUCCAAGUUCUUCAGUUCUCCGUCUGAAACGAUUAAAACAGCCUUGUUUAUUAUGGCUCCAGGAGCAGUAGCAUUCUGCAUGACUCUUGCCGAGUUUUACAGGUAUAUUCAAAGAAGUAACAACCAUAUCGCUCUCUGCGAUUGUAUUUGGGGAUCGGCUGAACGAAUGAACAUUAUUGGAGUUGGCGUAACUAUCCUCGGUAUCGCGCUGUUCACGUACCAUAAGUACAAGAAAUCCGUGGACCACACUGGAUCAACCAAGUCGAUACGUCUGAGUAGGAGAGACGAAACCGCUGAACAAGUGAUCUUUGAAACUGAACCACCGUCUCCCCUUAAUCCUGGCCCUGGGCCACACAGGACAUCUGCGCCUCCCGCAUCUUCGUCCCUUCGAUCGCCAAGGCCUCCUUUGAUUGGAAAAAAGAGCGUACGAUUUGAGCGUGCGAGCCAAGAAAAUUUACUGCAAAUUGGCGAUGAGGAGGAAGAUGAAGGAAAUGAGGUUAGGGUUCUACGGGAUAGGCAAGCAGAGAGAGCGGAGCUUUUGGGAAGAUAG